AUGUACGACAUCGUCCUUCUCGGCGCGACUGGGUACACCGGCGCCCAGGUCGCAAAGUAUCUCGCUACCCACUUGUCCGAGACUCACUCAUGGGCGAUCGCAGGGAGGACGAGCAGCAAGCUGAGGAGACUGGUCUCGUCAUUGCAGCCCUGGCACCCAACGCCUGCAAUAGAGGUCGUUGAUCUCGACGCGGACAGCCUGCUGGCGUUGGCGAGAACAACGAGGGUCCUGAUCAACGCCAUCGGCCCAUACAGUCGAUAUGGCGAGCUAGUGAUUGCCGCUUGUACCGCCGCGGGUGUCGGAUAUGUCGACUUCAGCACCGAGACUCCGUGGAUCGCCGAUAUGAUCGCCAAGUACGGCAAGGUCGCUGACGAUACAGGUGCUGUCAUCAUCCCAGCCAUUGGCAACAUCAGCUCCCCGUCGGACCUGCUCGCAUAUGCGCUCGCGUCGUACUUGUCCAAAGAGCACGGCGUGCCCACCGAGAAGAUCGUGAGCUCCCAAGAGCUGGUCAUCAACGGCAUGUCUUCAGGGUCGUUGUCUUCACUCCUGGCCGUGGCGAGCAAGUAUGGCGUGGAGAACUACCUGCGCCCGAACCCUCACCUGCUCACAGCGGAAAGCUCUCCCACAGAGGCGUCGGUACAGCCCGUUGUUGUCCACCACCCAACACUAGGCCACCUCACACGCUCCGUCAGCGCGCCAGGCAACAUCGCUGCGGUGCACAGAUCUGCUCUCCGAGCACCAGAGCUGUUCUCCCCAACCUUCACGUUUCAAGAGUGGAUGCCCGCCAAAUCUCGCUUCCAGGCCAUCCUCGUCAGCUGCCUCACCGUCUUCGCAUUUCGCCUCAUCAGCUUCCGUCCCGUGCUCUACCUGCUGCAGCGUUUCCUGCCGCAACAGCCGAGCUCGGGCCCGCCCAAAGAAGCCGGCGAAGGGGAAAGCAUUGAUGUGAAGGGCAUCGCCACCAGCGCCCAAGAUCCAGAUGGGGCACGAUAUCAGGCCGUAGGCCGCUACUCGUACAGGGGCUCAAUGUAUUUCCACUCGGCGAUGCUGGCGGCCGAGGCUGCUAUGGCGCUGGUUGAUGAGAUGCGUUCGGACGGCGAUGCUGAUGGGAAGCUGAAGCCGACGACAAGGGCGAGAGGGUUUCUGACGCCGAGCUACCUCGGUAGGCCUUUCAUUAAUCGUGUCUGCGCCGCUGGCGUGCAGUUUGAGAUCGAGGAAGGGACGAGGGACAGCAUAUGA